CCUCCAUCACCUCCGCUCUACUCGCCCCACACCCCUCCGCAAGCGUAUCCACCUCCACCGCCCCCUGCCGUGCCGACGUCAGCACCUCCUCUUCCCCCACCCAUCUACGAUUCGCCCCAAUCGCCGCCGCCGUACUCACCUCUGCCGCCGGCAUACCUGCCGCCGGCCCCACAACCCCCGCCUCCGCAACAACCAUCACCUGCUCCGCCAUCCCCAGCCGUGCCAACAUACGCACCCGCUCAGCCCCCACCCUACGGCCAGCCGCCGCCCUCGCCUCCAUCGCCUCCGCUCUACUCGCCCCACACCCCUCCGCAAGCGUAUCCACCUCCACCGCCCCCUGCCGUGCCGACGUCAGCACCUCCUCUCCCCCCACCCAUCUAUGAUUCGCCCCGAUCGCCGCCGCCCGACUCACCUCUGCCGCCGGCAUACCUGCCGCCGGCCCCACAACCCCCGCCUCCACAACAACCAUCACCUGCUCCGCCACCCCCAGCCGUGCCAACAUACGCACCCGCUCAGCCACCACCCUACGGCCAGCCGCCGCCCUCGCCUCCAUCACCUCCGCUCUACUCGCCCCACACCCCUCCGCAAGCGUAUCCACCUCCACCGCCCCCUGCCGUGCCGACGUCAGCACCUCCUCUCCCCCCACCCAUCUAUGAUUCGCCCCGAUCGCCGCCGCCCGACUCACCUCUGCCGCCGGCAUACCUGCCGCCGGCCCCACAACCCCCGCCUCCGCAACAACCAUCACCUGCUCCGCCACCCCCAGCCGUGCCAACAUACGCACCCGCUCAGCCCCCACCCUACGGCCAGCCGCCGCCCUCGCCUCCAUCACCUCCGCUCUACUCGCCCCACACCCCUCCGCAAGCGUAUCCACCUCCACCGCCCCCUGCCGUGCCGACGUCAGCACCUCCUCUUCCCCCACCCAUCUACGAUUCGCCCCAAUCGCCGCCGCCGUACUCACCUCUGCCGCCGGCAUACCUGCCGC